AAUAUCGACGCAUUGGCAAGAGGAGAACUUCAGUGGAAAAGCAGUCGAAAAUCUGGAGUUACCUGGAUACGUGAUCUGACCGGUUCACUCACUUUGCGCAUCUUUCCGCCAGAGUACAAUCGAUAUUUUCGUGUGAACUUCAGUCACGCUAUUAUGGAAAAUGUGCUGACUUUGGCCUCCGUCGAAUUCGACUCGAACACAGUUUAUAUGUUGGAAAGUACCCUGUAUCGUGGUUUACCUGUUCACAGUCUUCGACUCAGAUGGCCCCCAAAUCGCGAAAUAGUCAUGAAUACGACCUAUAUGCUUCAACUGGGUCCGAAAACUGCAAUCGCAUUCAAACAUGUGUUGGCUCAAAAUGAGGAUACCUUGUUGGGUGCUAUUCACACAGAAAUACUGUAUCAUAUGGAAACCAAUAAGUUACUUAUUCGGCAUAACUCAACCAGCUACAACUUGGACGGUGAACCACAACUGAUUGCAGGCGUGGAAUGGGGUAAUGAAUUACACGGGAAGGUGCGUCGGGAUCCGCUUCGCAUCGAGUUCAUUGCAUCCGGCUUGCUGCAAUUGCAAAUUCCCGUGCUAGCCAUAGACAGUCGAUUGGAGGCCCUAUUCGCCAACCGUUUUGGUCCGUACGAGUCAGAGAUGCGAGGUCGCUUACUAUAUAGUCGUCCAAGAAACGAAAACGUAGAAGUGAACUUGAUCUAG